AUGAACGCAGCUCAAACCCUCGAAGACAUCAAAGGCGAAAUCGUCGUCCUCGCCCAGGUCUCGUUCAAAACUUCCCUCAGCCCCUCCGAGCUCCACACCUGGAUCUCAAAAAUGAAAGCCAGCGCGUCCUCCGAGCCCGGAACGCUCGAGUUCAGUUGGUCGAGGAACGGCCCAGAGAGCGCGUACGAGUUCGUGGUAUGGGAGCGAUAUGCGAGUAAGGAGGCGUUCGUGGCGCACACUUCGAGCGAUCUCUUCAAGGAAAUCGGAGCCGCGGAUAUCUUGGCGAAGGCGAGUAUCCAGUCGAUCGCAAGAAACGCCUUUCGCUAA